CAUAGUUGUGCAGCUGGGGGCUACAGCCACAUCUCUGAGGACAGCUGGGACCAAUCCAAACUCAGCCAGGGAAAGACUCCUAGAGUCUGGCAAGCUGAAAGGAAAGCCUCUCAAAGGUCUCACUGGCGCCGAGGACCCAGAAGCCCUCAUGGCCUCCUCAGACAACAGAUGCUUCAUCGAGGAAACCACUGCGUGUCUCCUGGACACAAUGAGCAAGGAGGACCUGCAGCUCCUGCUGACUGAAGAUGGAGCCUGGGAGGUGUUCAUGGACGAGGCUGGAUUGUCCAGGGCACAGGUGGAUAGAAUACGUGAUGCUCUGAAGGACAGCAUAGCAGACAUGGCCACACAGGAUGAAGACAGCCUCCAAGACAACCUGCAGGACACAGAGAGGUUUUUAAAUGAUUAUCCUUGGGUUAAAAUGGAGCUUGAGGAGCAGAUACGAAAGCUCCACGCCCUUGCAGACAAGGUGGACAAGGUACACAGGGACUGCACCAUCUCCAACGUGGUGGCCAACACUACUGGCGCUGUCUCUGGAGUCCUGACGAUCCUUGGCUUCGCCCUGGCACCUGUGACAGCAGGGGUCAGUCUGAUGCUUUCGGCCACUGGGAUGGGUCUGGGAGCAGCAGCAGCCUUGACUAGUGUUUUCACAAGCAUUGUCGACCAAACAAACAUGUCGUCAGCUGAAACUAAAGCCAAAUGCCUGGUGCCAACCAUCAAGAACACAGUGAAGGGGGUUACAAAGCCUGUCAUCCUGAGCACACCCAAAGUUGUUUCCAAAACCAGGAAUUGCAUCCAAAGCCUGAGAGGCAUUGUAAGCAACAUCCGUGCCAUGAAGCUCACCAAAGCCAACCCUCACUUAGCAGUCAAAGCCAAUCAACUCAUGACCACAGGGAAGAUCUCAGCCCAAAGCACUAAACAGGUGCAGAAAGCCUUUGGAGGUACCGCUCUGGCAAUGACCAGAGGAGCCCGGAUCAUGGGUGCAGUCACCGUAGGUGUCUCCCUUCUGAUGGAUGUGGUCAGCCUUGUGAAAGAGUCAAAGCAUUUGCACAGAGGGGCAAAGGCAGAGUCUGCUGCAGAGCUGCGAUGGCAGGCCCAGUACCUGGAAGAGAAGUUGUGGGAACUCAUCCAGAUCCAUGAGUCUCUAACUCAGUGACCUCUUCUCCCAAGCAGCACAGAGGUCAGGAAAGAUGUGUCAGAUGGAGGCAUGGCCUCACAGUGAUGGCAUGGUGGUGGUAGUGCCUGUCAGAGGAAGAGGCUAUAUGGAGAGAUGAGAAGCCAGAACGCAGGGAAGGGACAGUCUUGUGACCUCCUAGUAGGCUCCAUCUCUGAAAAUCCCCACUGAAGUCAAAAGUUAGGCCCCACCAGCGAAGAGGCUUCUACUUGCUGGCAAUUGCUUGCUGGCCGCAGCUGAAAACAUCCUGGUUUCUUAGAAAAACCACAGAAACAAGCAACCACAGCAUGUUAAUACACAGCUCACAGCUGAUUGCUCUACAGUCCAACUCCUCUUUGCAAAGACCAUUUUUGAUCCCCAAACAAGAGUCAAACAGCAGCAACCUACUCUUAGGACCUCCUGUUAGGUGGGAACUUUGGUGACCAAAGAUUGUCAGACACCUUCACACUGCUCAGGAGCCCUCCUUCACCUGCUGCUCAGUAAAGUUCUUUUGCUUUCACACUUGCUGUUGUCAGCAAGUUUCAUUUCUCAUACUCACAGAACGCAAACCUGGAGAUGGCCUCUGGGGUUGGA